AUGAAUUAAACUUUUGAUAAAAUUUCUGCUGAAGAUUGGCAUCACAAUUAAAACAAUAUUACAAUACCCAAGGCGAAAAUGAACGAGUUUGUACUCAACUUUUUCAUAGUUGAAGGCUACCGAGAUGCGGCGAUUGAAUUCUCUAAAGAGGCUGGAAUUUAAUGUAAUAUUUAAAUAUUUUAUUGUAAAGUGUCAAACAAAGAACUUGAUAAGAUGAUUGAAAGAAUUGAAAUUAAGAAAAAUAUAUUGAAUGGUGAAAUUGAUUCUGCUUUAUAAAAAGUGUCGAUGAGCAACAAUAAAUAAAUUCUGUUUAAGUUGAAAAUGCAAAAGUUGAUAGAACUUAUUAAAGUUAAUGAAUUGGAUCAGGCAGUUUCAUAUGCCCAAAAUUAAAUCAUUGGCUUCUUAAAAGAUUAAGUAUAAUUUCCGAUUUAAUUAAGCCUCAUCUUAUUGAUGAAAUUGAAAAGGCUAUGUCUUUAUUGGCUUAUAAAGAUCUUAGUAAAUGUCCUUUAAAUCAUCUUACCCAAAAUUCCCAAAGAAUUAAGGUAGCAAGUGAAGUCAAUUAAUAAUUGUUUUAAGAUUCUUAAGGAAAUGAGCAAGCUAAAAUAACAAUACUAAUGAAAAUAUUAUAAUGGGCAUAAGAAAUAUUGAAUUCUAAACUUUAAUAUCCUCACCUAAUAGAAAUAUCAAAGGGGCAAUUCUCAAAAGAACAAUGACU